AUGGAUAAGGAAAAAGAAAACCAUGUUUCUGAUCAAGAAAUAGCCCGACUUUUUAGAGUCUAUACUACUGUACAUCAAAUGGUGUUAGAUCGUGGAUACCUUGUCACUGAGGAAAUUUGUGAAGAUGUUGAAUCUUUUAAAUUAAAAUGUCUUAGAGAUGGCAUAAUAAAGGAGGCAAUGAUGUUUCAAGUGCAAAAGUCUGACAAUCCCAAUGAUCAAAUGCUUAUUGUGUUUCCUGAAGACAGGCCAGUUGGUGUAAAAUAUUUAAAAGUAAUGAUGGAUGCAAAAAUCACUAAAGGAAUUGUAAUUUAUCCUACAACUCUUACAGCAGCAGCAAAUAAAGCAAUCCAAUUAAUAAAUUCCAAAGAAACCAAACAUUAUGAAAUGGAAGCAUUUUCUGAAGCUGACUGUAUGGUUAACAUUACUCGUCAUCAAUUGGUUCCUAAUCAUAUUGUAUUGACUGAUGAAGAAAAAAAGUCAUUACUUCGUAAAUAUCGAUUAAAAGAAACUCAAUUACCACGUAUUCAAAUGACUGAUCCCGUUGCCAAAUAUUAUGGAUUAAAAAGAGGACAGGUUGUUAAAAUAAUGAGACCUAGUGAAACUAGCGGUAGUAAUAAAAACUACUUGGGCGAAUUCAUAGUCUUUCAAUAG